AUGUAUUGCCAGAAAUGUCGACAGCCCGUUCGCUUUGAUAGCUCUUUGGAGAAUAUCAAUCCGGCCUCGUUUGACCUGCUCGUUGCAUCUACGGGCAAGUCUCAAUUGAGCAGUUUGACCUCUACCAUUUCUCGCAUGAACUAUCCGCAGGAAAGGAAAGAUCUCUAUCACCGCGUCUCUACCCAAGCGAACUCCCCGGUCUACAAGAGAUCUAUUGUAGCGCCAAAGGACGAGACCCUUCUUUCCCGUCGCCAUGACCUACUAAACGGCAACACCGACAUGUCUUUCAUUGAAAUCACACAGUCACAAGUCGCUCUGACCGACAAGGAGCACAACAACCGAAAAAGCCAAAGCCAGAAUGUGAAAACAAAUGGUUCUGAUGUUGUUCCUGUGAAAGACACCCGGAUGUCCGCCAGGAAGAAUCAGGUCGAAGACCUCUUUGCUAUCCUCUCGUCCCAUUCAGAUAUCGAUCAUCCCAUGUGUCAAGAAUGCACUUCCCUGAUGCUGUCCCAAUAUACCACACGCCUAGGCAGCGCUAACAGAGAAAGAGACGCCUACGCUGGCUUUCUCAAAUCCACCCAAAAUAUCUCUUCUGAAGUUCGGAGGCCCUCGGACGCAAAAAAGGCUGGUGGGACUAUCUACGAGCAACUCCAAUCCACCGAAGCCGAAAUUAGCAAAGCCAAUACCGAGAUUGCGGCUUUGGAGGAACAGUUGCAACAUGAGGAAUUGGAGCAACAAGCGUACUGGAAUUCCCGAAACUCAGUCGAUGACAGUUUAUACCACACUACGACGCACUUAUCAUUCCUAAGAGAGAAACAACUCCAUGAUUUUCGCCAGCUUGAGCGUCUUCAGCGCACAAAUGUUUACAACGACACCUUUUGUAUCGGCCAUGACGGCUACUUUGGCACGAUAAACGGCCUACGUCUGGGUCGUCUACCUAAUCAAAAUGUUGACUGGUCUGAGAUCAACGCUGCAUGGGGUCAAACCUUGUUGCUUCUAGCCACUGUCGCAGAAAGACUUAAAUUCACGUUCCAGGGCUACCGUCUGCGACCUCAAGGCAGCACAUCCCGAAUAGAAAAGCUUGAGUAUCUCCAACAACCUCCUGACGUGCAAAGACAGCAGACAACGGGCCGCGACGGAGGUCUACACUCUGCUGCGGCAAACCCUGAACCCAAGGUCACCCCUCUGGAACUGUUCAGCAGCGGCGAUAUGGCCAUCGGACGCCUUUUGAACCAUCGGCGGUUUGACGGUGGAAUGGUGGCGUUUCUCGACUGCUUAGCUCAGCUUGGGAAAUAUGUCGAGAGGACUUCAAGCGUCGAUCUCAAUUCGAAACCAUCCAUGAGGAAUGCGACACUAUGGAACCCACCAUCCAAAAGGGUGUUACCGUAUGCGAUACAGGGUGACAAAAUUGGGGACGUUUCGAUCAAGCUCGGGGUCGGUUUCCACCAGGAUGAAAACUUCACCAAAGCUUGUAAAUAUGCCUUGACUUGUUGCAAGUUCCUCCUGGCCCAUGUCAGCAACCUGGAAAGUCAGAAGGAAGUAUGA